CGGCUGCUCGCGGGUGGCCACAGCCCAGCGCGGGACCCGCGCGCCUCCUCCUCUCAGCCCCACUUCCCUGCCUCCUUCCUCCUUUUUCCUCCUCCUCCUUGGCCCCGGGAAGAGGGAGGGCUGGAUCCCUUGGCAGGCGCUGCUCCUCCUCCUGGCGGGCCCGCGGCGGAGUCAGCUGACACCGGCGCUCCAGCCUCGCCUCCCGGCUCGCGCUCUCUGCGCUCCCCCAAAGUGGCUGCGAGCCGGCCACCCACUUUUGGGGUCUGGGGGACGCAGAAAGUGAUGUGCGCCUUCUGAAGCCUCGCCGAGCGCAGCCAAAGCAGCGUCACCUGCACAACUUCCCCCCCACCACCACCCACCACCACGACUCCUUCUCUUGACCCUGCCCGCCCUCGACCCUCCCCAAAGCCACUUAGGGUGCGCGCGCUUGGGUAAGGGGGGCUACCGGCUGCCUGGGAUGGCUUCCAAUUUUAAUGACAUAGUGAAGCAAGGCUACGUGAGGAUCCGGAGCAGACGCCUCGGGAUUUAUCAGCGAUGCUGGUUAGUAUUCAAGAAAGCUUCCAGCAAAGGCCCAAAAAGACUGGAGAAAUUUUCUGAUGAACGUGCUGCAUAUUUUAGGUGUUAUCAUAAGGUUACAGAACUCAACAACGUGAAGAACGUAGCUCGGCUGCCAAAGAGCACCAAGAAACACGCUAUAGGGAUUUAUUUCAAUGACAAUACCUCCAAGACCUUUGCUUGUGAAUCAGAUCUUGAGGCUGAUGAGUGGUGCAAAGUCCUCCAGAUGGAGUGCGUAGGGGCGCGGAUCAAUGACAUCAGCCUGGGAGAGCCUGACUUACUGGCUACUGGGGUAGAGAGAGAGCAGAGUGAGAGAUUCAAUGUGUAUCUGAUGCCGUCUCCUAACUUAGAUGCACAUGGCGAGUGCGCCUUGCAGAUCACGUAUGAGUGCAUCUGUCUUUGGGACAUCCAGAACCCCAGAGUCAAACUCAUCUCUUGGCCGCUGAGCGCCCUGCGGCGAUAUGGGCGUGACACCACGUGGUUCACAUUUGAGGCAGGGAGGAUGUGUGAGACUGGCGAAGGGCUGUUUAUCUUUCAGACACGAGAUGGGGAGGCCAUCUAUCAGAAGGUCCACUCUGCCGCCUUGGCCAUAGCUGAGCAGCAUGAACGCUUGCUACAGGGUGUGAAAAAUUCUAUGCUGCAGAUGAAGAUGGGCGAGCGGGCCGCUUCUCUGAGCACCGUGGUGCCCCUGCCUCGCAGCGCCUACUGGCAGCACAUCACGCGGCAGCGCAGCACCGGGCAGCUUUACCGCCUGCAAGAUGUUGCCAGCCCUCUGAAGCUUCACCGAACAGAGACUUUCCCUGCCUAUGGGUCUGAGCACUGACAGGUGCUGUUGAAGAUGGGAGCGCACCUGUGACACAUCAGCCACAGAUCCACCCAGGAGGUCACGGAACGACCUCAGGAGAAGCAUCCACAAAGACAAGAAGCUUAAAGCCCUGGCUAAUUGUGUGGUCAUCAGGAAACUCUGCAAUACAGUAGUUUUCUUUUCUUUCUCUCUCUCUCUUUUUUUAAAUUCUUAGUGUAAUUGAAACGUGCUCUAUAGAUACCGGCAUUUUCUUCACAGCUGGACAGAAAGGAGUCAAGGCCACUCAGUGAUUUUCUAUUGUUGACAGUGUGUUCCCUGCACUUCUCUGAAUCUGUCCUUUUGUGGAUUCUUGUGAUUUUCCUUCUGAGUAUUUUAAUUGUAUGACAGUCAGUGUUGACAAUGAAAUGCCUCUUAAUUAUUAGUUA